CGCUUCUCACUGUGAGAGGAGCUGGUUGCUCUGACAGGGAAACAGCUUCUCUCCUCUGACACAAGUGGUUCCUCUGACAGCGAUAUGAACAGCUUCUCUCCUCUGACACAAGUGGUUCCAGGUGGGAUUCAGACUCAUUAGCUCUCAUUUGGGUUUACAAAGAUAUAUAUUCCAUCUGGAUCCUUUAAACUGGCAGCAAAAGCUUUCGAUCCAUAACAUCCUUGAGGCUGAAAUAUAUUGGAAUCAGGACGUGAGUCAACAACAACCGUACGUGUGACUUUGUGAAUGAAUGAGAAUGGUAAAGGCACUUGUUCAAGCUUGCUUGAGGUUGCUGUGGAUUCUCACCUUGGCAGAGUGUAAGAUCCCAGAUGCCCACGUGACAUGCCUGUUCUCUGAAGACUGUGUGCUGCCCUGCAAUUUCAAACCCAGUGGGAAUGAAAUCAUCCGCUGGUAUCUCCAGGAAGGGCUCCUCCUCAGCCAAACCCAGCAGGGUGGAGACCAGCCGGACCAGCCUCCCCAGGACCACCGUACCAGGACGUACCUGCUCCAGGACCAGCUCUCCCGGGGCAAUGCCUCGCUCCACCUCAGCCAUUGUGGCAUCAAGGACCGGGGCCGCUACAGGUGUCUGGUCAACAGCACUCUGGGACAACAGGAGUCCUUUGUCAUCAUGAAAGUGGAGGCUAGCAUCAAGAUGGUUACUAUGGAGAAGAGUACGAACAGAGAGAUUCAGUGCCUGUCCAAGGACAUCUUCCCCGCUCCCCGUGUGCAGUGGUCCACUCUGCCCCCAAAAGUCAACCUGAGACCCAUCACGCAUAUGAGAUCCAACACUGAGGGCCUCUACUCCGUUCAGAGCACGCUGAGAAUGUUUGAAAAUACCCUCACCUACAUCUGCACCGUUAACUCAACAUAUGGAUCACAGUCAUGGAAGAGCUCAAUGCAAGAAAGAGCGUUGAUUGGAGAGGCGGGGCAAGAACUGUCCAUACCCUGCAUCGAUCGACAGAACCUCCAGAACUUCUCCCUCAACUGGACCUUCAGCAGAACCAAUGAACCCACAGUCAUCCUCAGCUACAACAGCAGAACCAGACGGAUCUCCAACCUCUGGGAGGGCCGGGCUGGACUGAAGCCGGACCAGGUUUUGAUGGGAGACGGAUCCCUCCUUCUUCACAACCCAGAGAGUCAGGAACACACAGGAACCUACACCUGUACAUUCACAGGCAUCCAGAGUAGACACAUGGUCCAAACCCAGGUCAACAUCAGGUCAAGAUCCCAGUUACCAGUGACAGAAAAGAUGCCAAAGACUACAGACCAGGUUGAGCGUACAGGGGAAAGUCACUUCCACAUGUUGAUGAUUGUUGUAGUAGUUGCAGUGGUGGUUGCAGCAGUAAUAACAGCACUACUACUGUAUAAAAAACUAAGAGCCAACCAACGGCAGGCUGGUGGGACCACUGUGGAGGACACAGAGAUGGAGCCAAUGGAAACUAUUAAAACAGCCGAUGAUUCACCAAUGGAUAACUGCCAGCUGACAGAAGACCACAGCAAUAGCCAUAAUUAGCUCUGACUGACAAGCAGAAAAUAUGCCAAAGGACCACAACCCACAAUAUAUGGCUCAAGGGGGAACAUUCUACCACAUAGGGAUGCAUUCCAGGGAUUUAAUUGGAGAGUGCUGUUCUACAAUGGAGCACAUCUGUGUUCUAGACAACUGAAUAACUGU